AUGUCACACACCAGUGAAGCUGGAUUGGAACGAUUGUCCACUGAUGGUGGUGUCACAGUACAAGACCCUGCAUAUGAAGUUAGAUCACAGUAUUCCAAUUCAUCAGCCUCUUCAUCCUCUUCUGCUAGCAGAGCAGCAGCCAGGGCUCGUGCUAAAGCAGAAGCUGCACGUGCACGUGCCAUCUUUGUUCAAAGAGAAGCCGAUCUGAAGAUAGAAGAAGCACGUAUAGCAGCUGAGUUAUUAGCAUUGGAGCAUGAGAAAGAGGUUGCAGCAGCCUUAGCAGAGGCUAAAGUUCUUGAGGCAGCAGCAGAGAUUGGGAUUGGACAGGGCAGUAGGAGUAAUCAUGACGUAGUUUCUGUCGCCAUUCAACGUACUCGUGACUAUGUUGACCAAUACUCCCAAUCGCACCACGGUGGUGCAGAACUCCCUGUACAUCAACCAUAUACACUGUCUCUACAGCCACUCAGCAAAUCUGAAGUUCAACCAGAUCUGACAGCCUUCCAGCCUUCAUCCAUGAACAACCUUCAUGUAACAAAGCAGUUUGAGAGGAUGACACGGACAGCUCGUCGCCAACCUCCUGACUCACUUCCCAUUGUCAUGUGAUGCAGUCAAGUCAUAGCCCAGGGAAAAUAAAGAGGGAAACCCUGUAGUUGACAAAUUACAUGUGACCAGAGUGCAGCCACAGCUAUCUUACUUUCCAUCCCUCAUUUGUGUCCAGGAAAGCAUCGCUUGUGAGUACAUUUGCAAUUUACAACUAAUUAUAACAACAUAUAAGUGCUAUAUGGUGUAUUUUUAGUGUGUUACAUUUGAAUACCCAGUUUAUAUGCAGUAUAUGCUGAGACUACUAAUGUUAACAAGCUAUGAGCAAAUACAGCUUUUCAGUUUAAUAGUCAUUUGAUUGUUUUCGGUUGCAUAUAUGUAAGCACUUCUCUUGUGUUUGUGUAAACUGGUGAAUUUGGUGUACAUUAUUUGCAAGCCAUAUACAGCUAUUAACACAUCACUGGAAUGUGAGAUUUGUAAUAUUGUAGCUGUUACCUGAAUCAUUUCAU